CAAAGUAUUUACCUCUCAUUAAUCACUCCAGAAAAGGGCUUUGACGAAUUAGAAAAUCUAGUUAAAAUGGUUAAUCGAAACAUUGAAGUUCAUGAUGCUUCUGAUGUGAUAGAUUCUUCACAUGUCGUGAAGUUGGCAAAUUUUAAAGUACCUUUUUCACAGCCUACUGAAGUGAUGCCGGAAAAAAAAAGGAAACGCGAGGACUCCACGCCCAUAAGUGAGUCGCACACUAGUGAACAGCCGACGUCCACGAGCUCGACAAGUUCUUCGCCGGAAAGCAAGAAGGUCAAACUCGAAAAUGCUGAUGAGCAAUCAAGAGAGCAAGUUCAAAAUGUUUCGGCUCAGCAAUCCAGUCGACCGUCGGAGGUUUCUUCGGACACGAAAAAACAGGUUUCUUCACCAGUCUUACCCGUUCAGCAACCUCCCAGUAAUCCAUCCGGUAAUAAAUCACAAGUAAGUAGUCCCAAGGUUCCAAGGUCCUCGCCCGUCGUGUCGAACGUACCUGCCGCAUCGGUGAUAUCAACUGUUCCCGUCAACCAAAUACAACAAUCGCCUAUGAAGGUCUCACAACAGAUACCCCAACAACAACCCGUUAACGCUCAACUUGCUAACUCUCUGUCAUCUGCAAUGGGUGGUGGGCGACCUAUGUCGCAAAAUAUGUUGCAUUUUAUGAAUGCUCAACAGCUCAUCCAAAAAAAUAAAAUUUUACAGCAUGAAUUACUGGCGAGUCAGCAAAAUCUUGUGGAUGUUCUGAGACGCCAACAAUUUGUGAACUCUGGAGGGAUGGGUCCAAGUUUCACGACUUCCACUUCGCCGAUUGGCUCUGAUGCACAGUCUCUUAAUAGUUAUACUACCUCACCAUCUUUGGGUUCCGUUAUGAACGCACAAAAUAUUGGUAGCUUUAAUACGCCUGGUUCAUCUGCUCAACCAGUUCUUGGAUUCCAGCCUACAGCGUUAAGUGCACGAAUUCCAACGACAGCAAUAGGCGCACCGGUAACUUCAGCGUCGGUUGGGAUGUCUUCUUUAUCAGCAUCUCCUAACGGUAUCAUAACCAGCAAUUCGGCGGUCAAUAGUUCAAUAGGUAUAAAUAAUGGGACAAGUUCGGCCGCCUCAGCGGCUGGUGUCAACGCAAACCAGAUGCGACCGAACAUACCUAAAACGACACUUAACGCCUUGUGGAGUGGUUAUAUUGCAUGGGCAACAGGUAAUCAACAGAAUGGACUCAAACGUGAACUCACCUGCCAUGUGACCGCUUUCCCCAUUCUACAUAAGAGGACUGGUCCUUCUUCGCUUAAUGAUUAUAUGACGCAUGUUUGGCCAGAAAAAAUGGAAAUAUCUAGCAUAAACCACGCUAAAGAUUUCAUAAAAGAUGCCGGGAAUAAUCCGAAACUGCAUGUUGUUUCGUUUUUACCGACCCCACCGCCCGCAACCUCAGCGGAUAAUCAAAAUACGUUUACAGUUUUGAUGCGUAUUUUAGAGAAUAAAAAAUUGGUACGGAACUUGUUACCAACAACUAACCAACUUUGA